GGGAACUACGACUCCCGGCAUGCUCCGAGGCCGCCGGAGUUAACCCUUCAGGGCCCGCGGCCGCCCUGCGCCCCGCCUCCGCCCCUUACCUGGACCCUGCAGGAGAUGGGUGCCCCGAUCGGCACACUGUCCUUUGGCCACUGGACAUCAUGCCUCCCAAGAAGGAUAUUCCUGUGAAGAAACCAGCAGGGCCCGCUGUCUCCAAGCCUGCUCCCAAACCAGCAGCAGUAGGGGCCCCUACAGCCAAGCCCAAGCCUGAGCCAGAGCCAGCUGUCCCUCUACCUGUGCCUCCUCCGGCCCCUCCGAAAAUCCUGGAGCCCCCCAUCGAUCUCUCCAAAAUAGUGAUCGAGUUUAACAAGGACCAGCUGGAGGAGUUCAAAGAGGCCUUUGAGCUGUAUGACCGAGUAGGGGACGGCAAGAUCCAGUUCAGCCAGUGUGGGGACGUGAUGAGGGCCCUGGGCCAGAAUCCCACCAACGCCGAGGUGCUCAGGGUCAUGGGGUACCCCAAGAGUGAUGAGCUGAAGUCCCGGCGUGUGGACUUUGAGACUUUCCUGCCCAUGCUCCAGGCAGUGGCCAAGAACCCGGACCAGGGCACAUACCAGGACUACCUGGAGGGCCUUCGGGUGUUUGACAAAGAAGGAGACGGCAAAGUCAUGGGAGCAGAGCUCAGACAUGUCCUCACCACCCUGGGAGAGAGGAUGACUGAAGACGAAGUGGAGUCUGUUCUGGCAGGACAUGAGGACAUCAAUGGCUGCAUCAACUAUGAAGCCUUCCUGAAGCACAUCCUAAGCGUCUGAGCUCUACAGAUGCUGUGGGCCGGACACCGGGCCCCCCGCAGGCGGAAGCACGUUCCUGCCACUAGGAGGCCCCCUAUUGUUUCAAAAUAAAGAGAUGGUUCCUCCCUUGG